AAAAAAUUAUUAUUUUAAAAAAACAUUUCGUUUUUGAAGGAAGGAAAGAAAGAAACUCGGGAAACAUCAACAGCAACAACAACAUUUGACAAAGUUGUUGUUCUUCUUCUUCAAAGAAAACCCUUUUUCUUUACUCAUCGCAAGGUUUUUGUUGUUGGGUUUUGGAAACAUCAUUAACUCAACAAGAACAGCACAGCCCAGAUCACUUCAGUUAUCAUUUUUGGAAAUCUAUGGAGCAGCUUGUUAACUUCAUAAUACGCCCUCCCAGAGCUGAAUACAAUCCAGAAAGUGAUCUUUUGGAUGAAGAGUUCAUGUUGAAAGGGAAAUGGUAUCAGAGAAAGGAUAUAGAGGUUAAAAAUGGCAGAGGAGAUGUUCUACAGUGUAGUCAUUAUGUACCGCUGGUUAGUCCUGAAGGGAAACCUCUGCCCUGUGUGAUAUACUGCCAUGGAAACAGUGGCUGCAGGGCUGAUGCCAGUGAAGCUGCUAUUAUUUUGCUGCCUUCAAAUAUUACCGUUUUCACUCUUGAUUUUUCAGGAUCUGGGUUAUCUGGAGGAGAGCAUGUCACCUUGGGUUGGAAUGAAAAGGAUGAUCUGAAAGCUGUAGUUGAUUAUCUGCGGGCAGAUGGAAAUGUCUCUUUGAUUGGCUUAUGGGGCCGCUCAAUGGGUGCUGUUACGAGCCUAAUGUAUGGAGCUGAGGAUCCUUCAAUUGCGGGAAUUGUUCUUGACAGUCCUUUUUCUGACUUGGUCGAGCUGAUGUUGGAACUAGUAGAUACUUAUAAAUUCCGUUUGCCCAAGUUCACCGUUAAGUUUGCAAUCCAGUUCAUGCGAAAAUCUAUCCAGAAAAAGGCAAAGUUUGACAUAACAGACCUGAACACCAUCAAGGUGGCGAAAUCUUGCUUUGUUCCAGCACUGUUUGGGCACGCUAUUGGUGAUGAUUUUAUACGCCCUCAUCAUUCAGAUCGAAUAUUUGAGGCUUAUAUGGGUGAUAAGAAUAUUAUCAAAUUUGAGGGAGACCACAACUCGCCUCGUCCUCAGUUUUACUUUGAUUCCAUAAAUAUCUUUUUUCACAAUGUCCUGCAACCUCCCGAGGAUGAGGUGGGGGCAACACUUUAUGAUUCAAUACAUGAUUAUUUUGGUAAGGGUACUUGGGCCAUCCCUGAAGUAGGCUUUUUCCCAGAUUCAUCAACUGCAUCUAAAGCAACUAGCAGCACAUCAGAUGCCAUUAACCAAGUCCGUUCCAAAAGACCCAUGAGUCGAACAGAGGUUCCUUCUGAUAUACCAUCUGAAGAAAAUCUCCCUGGAUGUCAGGAUAAAGAUACCGUUGAUAAUGGUUCAUCAUCAUCCAAUAUGAUAAGUUUCGAAUUAUCCAACGGUCAUCCCUUUGACCCACAUGUGCCAACAACAAUGGAUGAUGAUCAGUACGUAGAAUAUCAACUGGAUGACUUGACAGGCUUCCCAUGUAAUGUGGAGGAAGAAGAGAGGAUGUUUAUGGAAGCCAUAAUUGAGUCCUUAAAAGACUUAGAUAUGCGACAACCUCAGACAGAAGAGCAAGCCAAGGCUUGUGCUGAUUCUUCAGAGUCUGCAAAGAAAGAUGAAAUAAAUGGCAGGGAUACUUGUUCCACCACAGAAAAGUCCAGUUCCUUGCCUCUAGAAUCCACUUCCACUCAAGUGGUACAUGAUCAGGUACCUUUUGAGACACAAUCCACCUUAGUAAUCAAUGGCUCCAAUGUUGGCCUGGAGCAUGCAUCCCCUGAUACUAGCGUGUCAUCUUUGGGACGUGCAUUUGAUAGAUCUCCGUCAACCGAGGAAACAGUGAGCACAUCCUGUGCUCAAACUGAUACAUCAGCAAGUACCCAAAGUUCAUCUGAUGCUGACAUGUCAGGUAGCACAAAAGCCACUGUAACAGUUGUACGGAACCCCUCUAAUAACAUCAUGGAUGGUUUGAUGCGUCGCUGGGAUCUCAACUUCUUUCGAAACAGUCGAUGAAAGGUGAGUGGCUCAUUUUCCUUUUCACAGGCAAGGUAAGCUGGGCUUUUAUAAUGUUGACAGCUUACUUUUGUGCAUCUGAAAUGGUGGAAAGUUUGGGAAUCAACUCUCCAUCGAAGGUUUCUCCCUGCCAAGCUUAGGAAGUAACUUUCCCAGAUAUACCCCGAAGCUCCUCAUCCAUAGAAGAGGCCGAAGAGUUCGUUAACUCUGGAAGCCAACCGAGUAGUCAUGCAAUAGGCCCCUUUCGUGCCUAGGGCACUGACCCACCGAUAUAAUAGUCAAUACUUUAGGGAUCCUUGGAACCUUGAAGCGGUCCAAACGCUUCGAAGACACAUGCUUUUUGUCCAUAGGGUAACCAUGGUCUCUCUUUGUUAACCUGGUUUAUUUUCCUCAUUUGGAACCUCGACAUUUCAAUCACUUGUGUAACCCCCCAAACUUUUGGUACAGUAAAUGGUACUGUUAUGAGACUCAAUACAAUGAAAUUUUGAAGAGAAUUUGAAAACAAGUUCUAUAAAUGAAGUCUUAAAGAAUCGCUUUGAUUUUUAGAAGAGGAAA